UCUUUUUGAAUAGACUUCUUUUACAGAACACUAAUAGGUAUGUACCGGACAUAUAGAUGAGAGUCUUGACAUGACACACAACAGCCUAGCAUCCACACCACGUUGAUACCACACCAGUGUUGGUUGUCAUUGAUCGCCUGGCGGCAUCCAGAACCCAACUAACAUCUAGUCAAUAUGCCAAAAAAGAGAGCUUCCAACGGUAGAAACAAGAAGGGUAGAGGUCACGUCAAGCCAGUCAGAUGUUUGAACUGUGCCAGAUGUGUUCCAAAGGACAAGGCCAUCAAGAGAGUCACCAUCAGAAACAUGGUUGAAGCUGCUGCCGUCAGAGAUUUGUCUGAAGCCUCCGUCUACUCUGAAUACGCCUUGCCAAAAUUAUACAACAAGUUGCACUACUGUGUCUCCUGUGCUAUUCACGCCAGAAUUGUCAGAGUCAGAUCCAGAACCGACAGAAGAGUCAGAGCUCCACCUCAAAGAAAGAGAUUCUCUACUGAAAGAAAGGUCUCUCCUCAAGACGCUGCCAAGAAGGCCAACUAAACUUGUUGAUGCAUAGGAAAAUAUGUACAUAUGACGAGUUUAUAGGAUAGCAAUAUAUUGUAUUUG